AAUUACGCGAUGAUGGCUGGAGUUCUUGAGUUAUCCAAAAAAAAUAUAUAUUACUGAUCUUGCGCUGUCUCAAAAAAGUAUAAGCAUAAAUAUAUUUUUUAAAUAAAUUAAAUAUUGGAACCUAAAUAAAGAAUUUCAUUUAACUGAAAAACAAAAUAAAUUGAUGACAUAUGUGCUCUCUCUCUCUCUCUCUCACACACACACACACACACACAAAUAGUGUAAAUUAGUUUAUGAACAAGAUAUUAUUAACUCCUUAAAAACAAAUUAUUUCUAAAAACAAAAAACUAAAUUCAAUAUAUAAAAGAUAGAUAUAUUUAGAUUUAAAAUCUUAUUUUAAAUGGGUUAAAAUUCGAACAUAACAAAUUUCAUUAGCUUAGAAACAAAAUAAAUAUAAUAGCAUCAUAAAUGCUAAAAAAUAUAUAUUUCAAAAUAUAAUUUUUGUAAAUGAUUUUAAAUAUUUAAAAUAAAUUAUAUUAAUGUAAUAUUAAGUUUUUAUUUUUAAAAUAGUUUUAAAUUUUAAAAUAAAAAUUAUAAAAAUAUUUCACGCAAUAUUAGUGAUAUAUUUAGUAGGUAAAUAUCUUCAUUAAACAUUAAUUAAAGUGUUACAACUCGCAAUAAUCUUUUUAUUUUUUUAUUUCUGUAACGACAACAAAAUCAAUACUACAAUUCCUAAACCGAGAUCACCAGAUCACCAUCAACCACACCAUCCCGCCACGUGUACGAUCCUGAUCACCUCUUCCUCUCUCUCUCUCUCUCCCUCUCUCUCUCCCUCUCUCUCACGCUUCUUCGCUCCGCAGCAAUAGCAAAAAGCCAACCAGACCACCCCGUAAGCCAAAGGAGUCCACUCUCUCUCUCUCUCCUAUCUUCUUCCUCUCAAAUCUCUUCAGGCAUAACGAGUCCGGAGAUUGCUUCUUCUUCUUCUUCUUCUUUGUAUCAGACAUGUCUUACGACUACCUCUUCAAGUACAUAAUCAUCGGAGACACAGGUGUGGGAAAAUCCUGUCUGCUGUUGCAGUUCACGGACAAGAGGUUUCAGCCGGUUCAUGAUCUCACCAUCGGUGUCGAGUUCGGCGCUCGCAUGGUUACGAUCGAAGGCAGACCCAUUAAGCUCCAGAUUUGGGACACGGCUGGUCAAGAGUCCUUCAGAUCCAUCACUAGGUCAUACUACAGAGGAGCUGCUGGAGCACUUUUGGUUUAUGAUAUAACCAGGAGAGAGACAUUUAAUCAUCUGGCAAGUUGGCUUGAGGAUGCUCGUCAACACGCAAAUCCUAACAUGACCAUCAUGCUCAUAGGAAAUAAAUGUGAUCUUGCUCAUCGGAGGGCUGUCAGCAAAGAGGAAGGGGAACAAUUUGCAAAGGAAAAUGGGCUUUUAUUCUUGGAGGCAUCUGCAAGAACAGCACAAAAUGUUGAGGAGGCUUUCAUAAGAACCGCUGCAAAAAUCCUUCAGAAUAUUCAGGAAGGCGUGUUUGAUCUAUCCAAUGAGUCAUCUGGUAUCAAGGUUGGGUACGGGCGUUCCCAAAGUGCAGCGGGGGCGAGAGAUGGAACCGUUGCUCCGAGAAGUGGAUGUUGCGGCUGAUUGAAAUGGAACGUUUAUUCCUAUAUAUCAAAUCCUUAAUUGUGCAUUUUCUUCAUGGCUGGCCCGUCGCUGUUAUGAAUACACCCUUUCAAACUGUCAUGCAGACUUGUGAAAAAGUUGGAAUGUACAUAAUCUAACGACAGCUUUUACUCACUCAUUGAAUUUAUUUCCUUGCCAUCAUCCAAAUUAAUACGAUUCUUGGAUUGCAUUUA